AUGAGGCGAAUUCUUUGGACCCUACUGGGGCUUCUCUCCCUGGCACUUGCCGAUACCUACUGCGAUGCAAAUACCCCCUGUGAGAUUGGCUGCUGCGGUAAAUACAAUGUUUGUGGCAUGGGACCAACCUAUUGUAGCGCUGAGACCUGCAUCAACAACUGCAAGGCAAAAGCCGAGUGCAAUCCAGACAACUGGCCAGACCAGUAUGUCAACGCGACAACCUGUCCCCUGAAUGUCUGCUGUAGUCCCUUUGGUUUCUGCGGCACGACUGAGGAAUUCUGUGGCAACGCCACCGUGACUCGGCCAUCCUGCGAUGCAGACUCGCAUUCGAUCACCCGAGUCAUUGGCUACUACAACUCAGCGGCAGCGUCUCGGGGCUGUGGUGGCAUGCAGCCCGCAUCGGUACCUCAGGGUGUCUACUCACACAUCUAUUUUGCCUUCGUGAGCAUCGACCCAGAAAGUUUUGAGGUCAUUCCGGCGUCCAAUGCGGAUACACUGCUUUACCCCCAGAUGCAGGCGCUUCAAAUGCGUGACUUGAGCCAGGAGCUCUGGCUCUCCAUUGGUGGUUGGGACUUUUCCGACGAUGGCACCCCGACGGCAACGACAUUCUCCGACCUGGUUGGGGCCAGCACGAGCCAGCAGAACGCUUUCUUCAAGUCACUCACCCAGUUCAUGACUAACUAUGGCUUCACUGGUAUUGAUAUCGACUGGGAGUACCCUGCGGCGGGCGAUCGCAAUGGCCGGGAUUCAGACUAUGCCAAUUUUCCCAAGUUCCUCGCUCGGUUGAAGAAGGCUCUGGCCGAGUAUAAGUUUGGCUUGUCUAUCACAUUGCCCACGAGCUACUGGUAUUUGCAGCACUUUGAUCUGGAAUCCAUCGACCCGUCGGUUGACUGGUUCAACUUCAUGAGCUAUGACUUGCACGGCACCUGGGACAUUGGCAAUGAGUGGACCGGCGCCUAUCUGAAUGCCCAUACCAACCUUACUGAGAUCAAGACCGCAUUGAAUCUGAUAUGGAGGAAUAAUAUCAAGCCCAGUAAGGUCAACAUGGGCAUGGCCUUCUAUGGCCGCAGCUUCACCCUCGCCUCCUCCUCCUGCACUGAACCGGGGUGUCUAUAUCUUUCCACCGGAGAUGCCGGCGACUGCAGUAAUACAGCCGGUGUCUUGUUUAACAACGAGAUUGAGGCAAUCAUCAGUGAUAAUGACCUGACCCCGAAGCUCUACAAAGACGCCGCUGUGAAAGCUAUCAACUGGAACGGCGACCAGUGGGUCUCAUAUGAUGAUGAAGACACCUGGAAGCUGAAGGCCGAGCUAGCCAAAUCUCAGUGUUUAGGCGGAGUCCUAGUCUGGUCUAUUGACAGUGAUGAUAGCUCACACACUUUCUCCAAGGGACUAGCGGCCGCUCUGGGCAACGAAAUCAAUCUAGAUACGACGACCGGACUGACGCCGGCCGUGUUCGUCGAGAAGUCUACCUCUGUUAGCUCCUCUUCCAGCACCCCUAGCCAGGACUCGUACUGCCGCUUCAUCAACUGUGGAGAGGUCUGCCCCAGUGGCUAUACGGUAAUCCAGCGCGGUGACAAGACCUCCCAGCUCAUGCUCGACAGCACCGAGUGCCCGCCCGGCGCGAAGCAGACGCAGACGCUCUGCUGUCCGACGUCCUCGGACGUGCCAACCUGCCAGUGGCGUGGCUUCCACAAUAACGGCAAGUGCAAGGGCGGCUGUGACGACGGAGAGGCUGAGGUGGGCACCACCGGCGCCGGUUGUACUCGCUCAGGCUACCAAUCAGCCUGCUGCUCUGUCUCCUCGUCGACCGACCCCUGGUCUAAGUGCGCAUGGACAACUAGCUGUCAGGAUGACCAGUCGUGCCCCUCGGGCUAUUCUAACUUUGUGGUGGGCUCGCGGAAUGGCUGGGGAGGCAUGCCAUCGUGCAAGAGCGAUAAAACGUACAACUAUUGCUGCUCGGGUUCGUCAGUCCCCGAUGCCUUCACCAACUGCGAGUGGAAGGGCCAUGAGACAACUUUUGUGAACACGGCGUACUGCAGUGAUUCGUGUCCCUCCGGCUACAUUCGCAUUGCUGAGCAGACGAUCAACAUAAUGAUGGGAAACAACCUGAAGGGCCACACGACCGACUGCUGGGCCGGGAAUGAGGCUUACUGUUGCAAGGGGGCCACUGCCAAGGUCGCGCCCCGGUCUGAUACGAGCGAGCCGCUCACCUACCAGGACCAGACAGCCAAGGAUUUCGAUGCCUACCUGCAAAAGUGGCUCAAGGACCCCGUAUGCCCCUUAACCUGGGAGGCCCAGUACAGUGCCACCUUUGGCGAUGACUAUAUGAGCCGACGAGACCUGUCGUACGUCCAGAGCCUCAGCAGUAACAACAACAGCAAUAGCAACAAGGACAGGAACACCGAGUUCAGUGUGGCGGGGGCCCGGAGAGACUUAUUGGACCAAGCCGAUACUCUAAACCGCCUGAUGCCCCUGCUCGAAAGCUGGAUCACUGCCGAAGUCCAGCGCGAAGAUAUCAACAAUAUCUGGGACCUGCGGUUGGAGGAGCAUGGACUGCAGAAUGAUGCGGCCAAUGCCUCGACCAUGAGGGAGGUGUUCUUUGGCUCCGCCAAUAAUUGGUCGGGAUCCUUCCUCUAUAGCCCGGCUUCGACCCUGUCUGAUGAACUGUGCAACAUUGCCGAUUCGUCCCAGGGGCUGAGCCGGCUCUAUGUCGCGUCCGAAUACCUCUGCGAUGAUCCAACUGAUGAUUCCACCUUGUCGUCGCGGACUGUGACCGUCGUAGGCACCGAGGAGCGUUCAGAUAACAAUUGCUCCCCGUCUGUGAUGUAUGUCCUGCGUGGUAUUCUCAAUGGCGAUCUAUCCCUCCACUACCUGCGGUGGCUCCAGUCCACUUCCAGUGGCGGUAACGAGGUGAUCCUCGAACUGGCCUUCUGGAUGGGCCCAACCCUGGGUGUGGCCGAUACUACCAUCCGGACCAACUACGGGGAUCGCAGUCACACGGCAGGCACUGACAGGUGGAUCGUCAUGCACAUGCAUGUCCCGCUCGACGCGGAUACAUUCAUGGGAGGCGACAACGUCCUGUACAUGGGGGUCCGGAACAUGGGCAUUUACCACAGCCAGGGCGUCUACCUCCCCGGGGCCGUUACCCCGGGAUACGCGCAGGGAUAUCGGGCUGAAUAUCGCUAUACAAGCUCCUACGCGGGUGGGCGAUAUAACACGGGCAAUCUGCAAGACUAUAAUUCCCGGACUGAUACCAUCGCGUGUCCCCGGCAGCGCCGUGGCAAUUCAUCGCAGCGGUGGUAUGUUGGUCGGAAUCGGGACAGUACGGUUCCUGGGUCGGCCAGUCCGAAUGCGGACUAUGGCCAGUUGUUGAAUGAUUUUGGAGGAUGGCUCCACGAUCAGGGUACCUUCUCGGUGGACAAUCUGGCGUUCCUCUGGCCAUCGCUGCGAAAUAUCGCAAUCGACGACGGCUUUACUCCAAACAUUAAUGCGCGCAACAGGUUGGACCCUGAUGAUGGCGCGUUCGAUGAUAAUUGGCGGCCGGAUGGAGUGGCACCGACGGAUCCUUGGAAUUAUCGCAAUACUUGA